UCAGGGGAUGCGGCCCUACAUCAUGAGCGCUGAAACCCAGGAGGACAUGUUGGGUUGGGUCAGGGCUCUCAGCCAAUCAGCAAGCAUGGAGGCUGAUGACAUCAUCAACAGACGCUGUGCAAGUUUUCAGGACUUCACUCAGAUGGGAGAUAACACUGAAACCAUGGAGGUCCAGCACACAGCAAUGCUUCCAGAAAGAAAUGCCCAGACAGCAACAAAACUGAGCAGGGUGCAGACAGAACCGACUCUACUAGAUCAAGACAUGAUGGGAAUUAAAAUGAAGACACCAGAGCUGAGAGGAAGACAUGAGGGCAGACCAAUCGCACCUGAAGCUACUGAGUAUUCUCAGAGUUUGCUGAACGCAGAUGAGGAACCUCUUUCCUUCCUACAUCCGAAUGCAACCUUCAAGCAACCUUCAUUUCCCAGAGAUCAGUAUGGGUCUCCGUGUCACGGUAAUAUGGGCAGAGCAGACGUUUGGCCCUCAGAUAACUGCUCGAGUGCUCCAAUGUCACCCUGCAUCUACACAGAGAGAGGACAUCUGCUCGACAAGCCAGAGUUUCCAUGUUCUGUGUGCUACUGUUCCAACUACCACACGGCCGAACACAUGGCAGUGUGCAAAGCAGGUAAAUCAGACAUUGUCAUAGAGAGAGAAAUACAACCAAUCAGAGAUCUGGAAAACGAUACAGAUGUGGUUCUCACUCGUCUGUGUGGCUGUGAUAAACUGCUGCAGUCCGUCUCUAUGCAGCUGGCUCAGUUACAGGCAGAUAAGAAAAGCAUUGAGUAUACUUUAGAAAUCAAAUGGCUGGGGAUGGAAGACGGACUUCCUGGAGAGCUGGAAGUAUCCCAGAAGGCUUUGCUUCAGGAGGAGCUGGUUACACUCAGAGCCAGAAUAUGUGAUUUGUCCAUCGGAGAUGGACAAAUUGUGGAGUGAUUAUGAACGAAUGGAGAGUGAGCUGUUUGUUUUCCAUUCUCAUCUCCAACACAUCCUUCACUUCGGGACGCCACAGGAGCAGAUUCAGGCACAGAGGCAGCUCUGGAUGAUGGAGGAUAUCUUAUGCGGUUUGAGGGUGAACAAGAACCGCUUUAUGGCUUUAUUGGGUCUACAGAGGCAGGGUGCUCCUCAGCCAAAACCUGCUUCCUACUUUGAGGGCGAGUUAGGAGGUCUCAACAUGGUAAAUAUAAUAUGCACUCCACUACAUUUUCAGAAAGUUGAAAUUCAUGUGACCUCAGUAGCUUAAUCAUUGCCAUUUUUUAAUUGAA